AUGCGCCGGUACGAGGGCAUCUGGCGAAAGGCACAGCUGGUGCCCUGCUGGGUCCUCCAGUGCCUUGCGUCCGGCAUCUUCUUGAUCGCCGCGGGCCUAUUGAUCGCAGCCGCGGCCUAUGUGUCCCAGCACAGCGUUGACAGCGACUACACGUACUACGGCUACACGGCCGACGAUCUCGCCAAAUUCGCCGCCAUCAGCGGCGGCGUCAUCUUCGCCUUGGCCAUCAUCACCAUCAUCUUCGACAUCAUCGAGUGUGUGCUGUACGCCCGCCGCACGCUCAGUCCCGUCCUCCUUCUGGUCUUUGCCGUUUUGAAGACCUUGGCCUGGGGCGUCUACUUUGUCCUGGCCAUCAUCGCCGCCGCCAGCGGUACCUUCAGCUGGGUCGACUUCCUGCUCAGCCUGGUCCUUGUCGCAACGAGUCUGGUGCAGCUCGUCUUCGGCGCCAAGAACACGCACCGCAAGCGCAAGGGCACCCUGGACAACCGAGGCAACUACAAGGCCGCAACGACCGGUCAUGUGGAGGGGCAAUACGCAGGUGUUCAGUACCCGCCAUCCUACCCGCAGCCCUACAACCCGGCUCCGUACGCCGGAAACAACUUGAACCCCAAUCCUUUCAACGACAGCACCUAUAGGUCGCCGAGCCCGGCCCCUUCGUACAACCAGCAGCCUGCGCAAACCGCUUACGGAUAUGCUGGCCAGCAGGGUGUUGAGAUGCAGCCGCAGAAGCCAGCACACUAUCAAUGA